CUGUAAUGUUUGACAAGGUUAAGGAACACAUUUGGAGGGAUUUUGGACCAUUCCUCUAUGCAGAUCCUUUCAAGAUCCUUCACAUUCUUGGGUUUGUGCUUAUCAACUGCCCUCUUCCACUCAGCCCACAGGUUUUCACUUAUCAACUGCCCUCUUCCACUCAGCCCACAGGUUUUCACUUAUCAACUGCCCUCUUCCACUCAGCCCACAGGUUUUCACUUAUCAACUGCCCUCUUCCACUCAGCCCACAGGUUUUCACUUAUCAACUGCCCUCUUCCACUCAGCCCACAGGUUUUCACUUAUCAACUGCCCUCUUCCACUCAGCCCACAGGUUUUCACUUAUCAACAGCCCUCUUCCACUCAGCCCACAGGUUUUCACUUAUCAACUGCCCUCUUCCACUCAGCCCACAGGUUUUCACUUAUCAACUGCCCUCUUCCACUCAGCCCACAGGUUUUCACUUAUCAACUGCCCUCUUCCACUCAGCCCACAGGUUUUCACUUAUCAACUGCCCUCUUCCACUCAGCCCACAGGUUUUCACUUAUCAACUGCCCUCUUCCACUCAGCCCACAGGUUUUCACUUAUCAACUGCCCUCUUCCACUCAGCCCACAGGUUUUCACUUAUCAACUGCCCUCUUCCACUCAGCCCACAGGUUUUCACUUAUCAACUGCCCUCUUCCACUCAGCCCACAGGUUUUCACUUAUCAACUGCCCUCUUCCACUCAGCCCACAGGUUUUCACUUAUCAACUGCCCUCUUCCACUCAGCCCACAGGUUUUCACUUAUCAACUGCCCUCUUCCACUCAGCCCACAGGUUUUCACUUAUCAACUGCCCUCUUCCACUCAGCCCACAGGUUUUCACUUAUCAACUGCCCUCUUCCACUCAGCCCACAGGUUUUCCAUUGGAUUGAGGU